AUGCAGGAAAAGAGCCAUAACCAGGAUCUGGACCUGUUAUCGAUCGAACAGUUUCUUACGGAUUUGGCUGUUAAUGAAGUUGGACCAUUGAUCAAGGCCGAGUCAGGUAUUCAUCAGGAUUACGAUUUGAAAACUGGUAAGAGGAAAGUGGACAUCGUCACAGCCAUUGACAAGAAAGUUGAGAAAAUAAUCUGGGAUAAUGUUAAACGUAAAUAUCCCGAGUUCAAGUUCGUUGGGGAGGAAAGUUACGUUGCCGGUGUGACCAAAAUCACCGAAGAUGCGACAUUUAUCAUUGAUCCAAUUGAUGGAACGACAAAUUUUGUUCACGAUUUCCCGUUCAGCUGUACGUCAAUGGGACUCACGGUAAACCGUGAGCCUGUCGUUGGUGUUAUUUUCAAUCCCCACUUGGAUCUUUUGGUUUGUGCGUCUAAGGGCAAUGGUAUUAGGGUCAAUGGACAAGAAUUCGAUUCUCGAGAAAAGUUGGAACACAUGGGCCCACUUUCGCUUCGCAAGUCCAUUGUAGCAUUACAACCAGGAUCCGCGCGUGAGGGUUCGAAUUUUGAGACCAAAAUCAAUACUUAUCGGAAUUUAUUGUCGUGUGACGGAGGGUUUAUUCAUGGUUUUAGAAAUAUCGGUUCUAGUGCUAUGACGCUUGCGUAUUUGAGUAUAGGCUAUCUUGAUAGCUACUGGGAUGGUGGAUGUUACUCGUGGGAUGUUUGUGCGGGCUGGUGCAUACUUAAUGAAGCAGGUGGUCGAGUCGUGGGUGCGAACCAGGGUGAAUGGGACAUUGAAGUUGAUAAUAGGACUUAUUUGGCCGUAAGAGGCAGUCUGGCCGCGAGCGAACAGGAAACUUAUAUCAAAGAUUUCUGGAAAUGCGUCCAAGGACAGCUCAAAUAUUGA